AUGUCCUCCCAACAUAACGCCCUAGUAGUCUUCGGCUCCGGCCCAGGAAUCGGCAGAAACGUCGCAGCACUCUUCGCCGAGCGGGGGUUCUCGAAAGUGAUCCUCCUCUCUCGAGACGCCACCCGACUCAAAGAAGAUGCCAAUUUCGUGAGAUCGGCUCGAGCGGGCGUUAGUGUCACGCCUGUCACGAUUGAUCUGGCGGAUACGGAGAAUGUGCGAAAGGCGCUUAAGAGUAUUGAUACGGAGUUAGGCGAGACGCCUUUGGAGGCGGUGCUGUUCAAUGCGGCGAGGGUUGGACAGAGUCAAAUACUUGAGUUUCCGGCGGAGAGUGUUGAGGUUGAUUUGAGGAUUUCUGUCGUCAGCCUCUACAUCGUCGCGCAAUGGGCGCUCCCCAAACUCGCCUCCUUCGCUUCGAGCAAUCCAUCCUCGACGCCAUCAUUCCUCGUCACUAGUGGCGGUCUCUACAAGAACCCUUACCCGUCGUUCUUCUCACUCGCGUCUUGCAAAGCAGCUCAGUACAAUCUGACGAAUUCUCUGCACAAGGAGUUCGAACCGAAGGGCGUCCAUUGUGCUUUGAUUGUGGUGCAGGGUAUUGUGGCGGAUGAGUCGAAGGUCACGAAUGCGCGGAAUAUUGCGGAGGAGGCGUGGAAGUUGAGGGGGGAUCCCAGGGGUGAGGGGAGGUUGGAUGUGGUUAUGACGGAUCCGGACUAUGUUAGGAGGAUGAAGGAUAGGGAGGAGGCGAGUAAGUCGUGA